GCCCCGCACCGCCGCCGGCCGCAUGGGCGCCGCGCUGCUCCUCGCCCUCGGGCUGCUGGCCCAGAGCCUGGGCCUGUCUGUGGGCAGCCCCGGGCCGAGGAGGCCCAGCACCCUGUACCCCUGGCGCCGGGUGCCAACGCUGGGCCGCGUGCGGAGGGCUUGGGUCAUCCCCCCGAUCAGCGUCUCCGAGAACCACAAGCGCCUCCCCUACCCGCUGGUGCAGAUCAAGUCCGACAAGCAGCCACUGGGCAGCGUCAUCUACAGCAUCCAGGGGCCGGGCGUGGACGAGGAGCCCCGGGGCAUCUUCUCCAUCGACCGGCUCACGGGGAAGGUGUUCCUCAACACCGUGCUGGACCGAGAGAGGACGGACCGCUUCAGGCUCCGAGCCUUCGCCCUGGACCUGGGAGGCUCUACCCUGGAGGACCCCACAGAGCUGGAGAUCGUGGUCGUGGAUCAGAACGACAACCGGCCGGCCUUCCUGCAGGAGGCGUUCGUGGGCCGCGUGCUGGAGGGCGCCGUCCCAGGCACCUUCGUGACCAGGGCCGAGGCCACGGAUGCCGACGACCCGGAGACGGACAACGCGGCGCUCCGCUACUCCAUCCUGCAGCAGGGCGGCCCCGAGCUCUUCAGCAUCGACGAGCUCACCGGGGAGAUCCGCACGGUGCAAGUCGGGCUGGACCGGGAGGUGGUUGCCGUGUACAACCUGACCCUGCAGGUGGCCGACAUGUCCGGAGACGGCCUCACUGCCACCGCCUCAGCCAUCAUCUCUGUGGACGACAUCAAUGACAACGCCCCGGAGUUCGCCAGGGACGAGUUCUUCAUGGAGGCCCCAGAGGCUGUCAGCGGAGUGGACGUGGGGCGGCUCGAGGUGGAGGACAGGGACCUGCCGGGCUCCCCGAACUGGGUGGCCAGAUUCAGCAUCCUGGGAGGUGACCCCGACGGGCAGUUCACUAUCCGCACGGACCCCAAGACCAACGAGGGCGUGCUGUCCGUGGUGAAGCCCCUGGACUACGAGAGCCGUGAGCUCUACCAGCUCACAGUGUCGGUGCAGAACGAGGCCCCCCUGCAGGCGGCUGCCCCCAGGGCCAAGCGGGGCCAGGCCAGGGUCACCGUGCACGUGCGGGACGUCAACGAGGCCCCCGUGUUCCAGGAGAACCCGCUUCGGACCAGCCUGGCUGAGGGGGCACCCCCAGGAACCCCCGUGGCCACCUUCUCUGCCCAGGACCCCGACACGCAGCAGCUGCAGAGGCUCAGCUACUCCAAGGACUAUGACCCCGAGGACUGGCUGCACGUGGAUAGGGCCACGGGCCGCGUGCAGACGCAGCGGGUGCUCAGCCCUGUCUCCCCGUUCCUCAAGGAUGGCUGGUACAGGGCCAUCAUCCUGGUCCUGGACGACGCCUCCCCGCCCCGCACAGCCACGGGUACCCUGUCUGUGGAGAUCCUGGAGGUGAACGACCACGCGCCCGUGCUGGCGCCGCCGCCACCAGGCAGCCUGUGCAGCGAGCCGCACCAGGGCGCCGGCCUCCUCCUGGGCGCCACGGACGAGGACCUGCCCCCCCACGGGGCCCCCUUCCACUUCCAGCUGAGCCCCCGGCUCCCCGAGCUUGGCCGGAACUGGAGCCUGAGCCCGGUCAACGUGAGCCACGCGCGCCUGCGGCUGCGGCACCAGCUCCCCGAGGGCCUGCACCGGCUCAGCCUGCUGCUCCGGGACUCCGGGCAGCCGCCCCAGCAGCGCGAGCAGCCGCUGAACGUGACCGUGUGCCGCUGUGGCCAGGACGGCGCCUGCCUGCCGGGGGCCGCGGCGCUGCGCGCGGGUGGCGCGGGCGUCAGCUUGGGCGCCCUGGUCAUCAUGCUGGCCAGCGCCCUGCUGCUGCUGCUGCUGGUCCUGCCCGUGGCGCUCCGAGCGCGGAUGCGGCGUCGUUCGCGGGGCAAGGGACUGCUGCUCGGGCCCCAGGACGACCUUCGGGACAACAUCCUCAACUACGACGAGCAGGGAGGCGGGGAGGAGGACCAGGACGCCUACGACAUUGCCCAGCUGCGCCACCCUGCAGAGCUGAGCGCGCUGGGCGUCCCUCUGGGCCGGCCGCCGCUGCGCCGCGAUGCCCCCUACGGCCGCGUGCCCCCCCAGGCCUCGAAAGCGAUGCCCACCAGCCCCGCCGACAUCGCGGACUUCAUCCAUGAUGUGGGUGCUCCGGGGACAGACAAGUACACUCAUGGGCACCGGUGCUCGCGCGUGCAAGAGAAAGCCCCCAGCACACGCACGGGCCACCUGGGGAGUGGCAGGCACAAGGUCUGGUUGGGAGCAUGUGUCCCCACAGCUGAGAGAACAGAGGUGGAGACAAAACCCCGGAAGGCAGACCCGCUGGUCCGGUGGAUGAGGGGCUUGGAGGCUGCGGACAGCGACCCCAGCGUGCCGCCCUAUGACACGGCUCUCAUCUAUGACUACGAGGGGGACGGCUCCGUGGCCGGGACUCUGAGCUCCAUCCUGUCCAGCCUGGGCGACCAGGACCAAGAUUAUGACUACCUCAGGGACUGGGGCCCCCGCUUCGCCCGGCUGGCGGACAUGUACGGACACCCGUGGGGGUCGGACUAA